AACAGGCUGAGCGAGAAAACGAGCCGUUGAUACAACUUGGUACGUGGAAGUGAUAUCACAAACGAGACUGUACCUUUGCUGAGAAAAGCUUUUCGAUUCGUUUGGUUGGUGGUUGUAUCCAGACAAAAAAUGAAGUCCCCCUGACACGCCCCCUGAGCAUCAUGGAAAUGUGAAACUUGACUCUCCAGCAGGCAGAUGCAAGUCCCAGGCUGGAUUGAAUGGCACUGAGGAUACAAGAUUUCGACUCAGUUGGAGUACUGCAAUGACCAGUAAGCAUCAUAGCCAUGCAGAGAGCGCUCACUCCACAGAAAAGAAGCCAUCCACCGUGUCCCCCAAGCUCCAUGUCCAGCGAUCGCUGUCAAAGGAAAACAUCACUAUCCACUUCUCAGCUUUUGGGAAGGAGGAAGAAGAGGAGGAAGAAGAUUUGUACAUGACAACUGUGUCUGCUACGUCAGCCACUCAGGAUGACUCAAACAUCGUGACAGCCUUAGAAGCAAGUGAGGAGAUGUUCGAAGGGGUAACACCGGACUCUGAAGCUGAGGUUGCUGUCAUUCCUGAAUCAUCCAGACUUUCUCUGUCUUCUCGACAUCACACGAACACUUCACCCACACACAUGGCAUCAUUGCGUGCUUCUGAGAAAAAAGGCUCAACUUCCAACUCUUCUCCUACUAAAUCUUCUAGUUUUCCCACCAGUGACAAAUCCUUUCUCAGUAUGGUGAAGUCUGUCUCCUCUGACAUAGAGACUCGUGAGGGGACCCCCUCUACUGCUGCUCCCACAGUUAGGCAUAGACAACUGAUGAAGAAUUUAGUCAAAUCUUUAUCUUCAGACACAUCCCAGGACACAUCCUCAUCCUCCUCCACACCCUACCGUCUUCCUGAAUCUCGCCUUAACUUGCAACUCUUCAAGCAGUUCACACAGUCCCGGACUCCAUCUGGUGUUGCUGCAUUAGCAAGUGAUUCUAAAACAGCCCCUUCCUCCCCGUUAACCUCACCAGAUAACCGAAGCUUCUUCAAGGUCUCGGAAGUUGAGGCGAAGAUUGAAGACACCAAGCGGCGUCUCUCUGAGGCCAUCUCUGAACCACUCCAGCUGCUGAGUAAGAUCAUGGAUGAGAAGAGUGUCAGUCUAGCAAGCAGUGGAAUUUACCGGCCCAAGGCCCUCUCUGCCAGUGCCACAGAACUCUCUAACAUAACUUCUGUCAAUGGUCACAUGGAGAGCAACAACAAUUACUGCAUUAAGGAGGAAGAAGGUGGUGACUUGGAGGCUGAGAGCCCCAACAGUGAUACAUCUGUCCCAGCAGAACCGCCUUACUCCCCCUGUUCUGACACCAAGUGCCCCAACAAAUCAUCUUCACUGUCCAUGUCAUUGGACAAAUGCUCCAUGUCUGCUCUUGCAAAACAAGAGGAUGAGGACUAUUGCAUUCUUUACAAUGGAGACUUUGAGACUUUCACUGUCACAGAUGGUGAUGGUGGCGAUAGAACUGAUUCUAGAUCUGGGAGCCAAACUAAAGUGCCACUAAGUGGUAGUACUGAACCAUACAGUGAAGACGAAUCCCAGAGUAUUCAGCCAGCACCAAGUGUUCCACACUAUACUCUCAUCAUCCUCACUGUUCUGGUCUAUGGAUGUUUUGUGUUGCCUCUGCCCAGUUAUGUCGGAGGAGUGCUGCUGGGGAUGGGGCUUGGAUUCCUUUUAGCCAUUGGGGUUGUGUGGCUGACAGGACCAAAACCUUCCAGCAGGAGUUUUAGAAAUUCCAGAUACAGUGGGAAGUUUUGGAAUCUGACCAAGUUGGACAUAAAGGAACCAGAAAUCUACAAGGGCUGGAUGAAUGAGAUAUCAAACUAUGAUCCUGAGACUUACCAUGCCACACUGACACAGUCUGUGUUUGUCCGGUUGGAGGGCUCCAUCAUUCGUCUGUCCAAACCCAAUCACAACAUUGCACGCCGUGCGGCACAUAAUGAACCAAAACCUGAUGUCAACUAUAUCAGUCAGAAAAUCUAUGACCUCACCAACAGCAAAGUGUGUUUGGUGCCUCAGAGCCUGGCCAGAAAGCGUUUAUGGAACAAAAAAUACCCCAUCUGCAUUGAACUUGGCAAACAGGAUGACUUCAUGUCAAAGGCUGAGGGUGACAGGUGGGAGCCCAGUGAGAGCCCCAACAUAAAGGACAGAGGAGAGGGCACAGUAGGAGCGCAGGAUCGAAAGUCCUCUUCUAGCAGGGAGCUGACUCUCUACCUGUUUGGAAGGACUGGGAGAGAGAAGGAGGAGUGGUUCCAGAGGUUUCUAUCAGCUUCAAGGCUUAAAGUGGAUUUAAAAAAAUCUGCAAGUGUUGCAUCAUGUAAGAGUGUGCCCACAACAAUGAGCUCUCACAGUCGCAGCAGCAGCCGGGGAAGUUUGGAUGAACUGACAUCUCAGCCCAGGUCAAAGGACUCCUCAGCCUCAUCCAUAGUAGGAAGUGCCAAAACCAAGCCACUAUUGGACUACAAUGUGUACAUGGCCUCUAUACUGCCAAAACAGGCGGCAGUCAGCCCUGCAGCUGCCAGCCCUGCUGCCCAGAGUCCUCAGAGCAGCCCUGGGUCUGACAAGAAGCUUCAGAGCAACACCUCAGCCCCAGUGACAUCCAUUGAGGAGGAGGAAGACAAUGUUGCCUGGGUGAAUGCAGCUGCUGGUCGUAUCUUCUGGGACUUUCUAAGUGAGCCCCACUGGGCUGAACUGGUUUCCAACAAGAUUCAGAUGAAACUCAGCAAGAUACGGUUACCCUACUUCAUGAAUGAGCUAACCCUGACAGAACUGGACAUGGGCUCAGUGACUCCCAGAAUCCUCCGGGCAUCCAAACCUUCCAUUGACUACCGAGGUCUGUGGUUUGACCUGGAGCUCUCCUACAGCGGUUCCUUCCUGAUGACCCUGGAAACAAAGAUGAAUCUCAUUCGCCUGGGAAAGGAGGGAGAGAGCGUCCGCUUGGGGGAAUUUGGCAAAGACGGAUACAGACCGAGGACUUACUGCCUUGCUGAUAGUGAUGAGGAGUCAUCCAGCGCAGGAUCAUCGGAUGAAGAAGACUCAUCAGAGCUCUCAAAUGAUUCUGCUGGAGCAGAAGGACUUGUUGGAGGUCACAAACCCAGUAAAAUCAUGCGCUUCGUGGACAAGAUCACCAAGUCCAAAUAUUUCCAGAAGGCUACAGAAACAGAGUUCAUCAAGAAGAAGAUGGAGGAAGUGUCCAACACGCCUCUUCUUCUCACAGUGGAGCUGCAGGAACUCCAGGGAACUCUAGCUGUCAACAUACCUCCUCCACCAACUGACAGGAUAUGGUAUGGUUUUAGGACACCCCCUCACCUGGAACUAAAGGCACGACCUAAACUAGGAGAAAGAGAAGUCACUCUUGCACAUGUUACGGACUGGAUCGAGAAAAAGCUGGAUCAGGAAUUCCAGAAAAUUUUUGUUAUGCCAAACAUGGAUGAUGUAUGGCUGACUAUCAUGCAUUCUGCCAUGGACCCACGCUCAGCCGGCGGACCCUUAGUGGGCCCUGCAGCGGACCCUGAGCCUUCCCAGCAGGAGAAGGACAGCACCAACCAGCCAUGAAGAUUGUUUACAGUAUUUCCUAGAGCUUAGAACUGGAGCCAAAGUCGAUGAGUCAGACACUACCUUUAAAUACAUAUAUAUCCUGUAGUGACUGGAUUUCUUUUCUGUCUUAAGAGGACCUAAUAAAUUUUAAAGGAUGAAGUAGAGCUGACCAAGGAAACACUAAAAAAAAACAUUUGCCUGCUGCUUUGUUCAGAGUAUUCCUCUUGCCAGAGGAGAAGUUAAUUUGGCUGUGAAGGACUUGUAUAAUGGUAAGGACCUAUUGAAUAGGGACCAAUAAAUGAAGAGAGUCAUGUGUAAAAAUAUGGGUUGCCUGAGUGAUAAAGGGUAAUAUAUAUAAAUAUAUAUAUAUAUAUAAGUAAAUAUUGUUUUAUAGUCAUGUCAGUGUAUAAGUAUUCACCAGAUACCUUACAGCCUACAGAUGGCCCCUUAAUUAGAGAAAUGUGCUAAGUGCAGUGAAUGUUUCAGAAUUAUUUUGUGAUGAAGAGCAACAACUUUCAUUGUAGAAAAUGCAUUGCAUUAAUGGUAACGAAAUUUAUUUGGAAAAAAAGCUCAGAUACUUGGUGUUAGGUUUAUUUGCUAUAUGAAACCUUAAUCCUUAAAGUGUCAUUAUGUCUCUGGUUUUUGAUCAGGUGUUAACAGGUAACAGUAUUGAUUUGUCUUGUGACAACUUACUGAACACCCUCCUUCAUUUGCCGAGGGCACUUUUUAUACCAGUGAUGCCCUCAUCCAUGUUUACAUGGAAAUAAUGCUUCAAAGCAAACAUGCAUCUAGGAAAAGUGUCAUUUAGUAUGGAAUUCCAUCACUGAUGACAAGUACGCAAACACAAUAAGUGCAAUGAUAGAGACGCUGCAUAGGCUUUGAAUGGUCUUGUAUGGAUGUAAUAUAAACUGUCUGAUGAGAAGUAUGAGGCCUACAACAUGUCUAUUGAAUGUAUAUUUAGAUAGUUUUGGUUACUAUUGUUAUUGUACGCCAACAGUUUUCACCCAGUCACAUUCUGACUGUGGUAUGCAAUUUAUUGCACAAAUAUAACUUUUCUUUAAGUUUGUGAUAAACACUAUCUCAUCUUGCAUAUCUUUCAUAUUCAAAUGUGUCAUUUAAUUAUGUUAUUGAGUACCGGGAGGUGUUUUGUUUUGUUUUGUUUUGUUUUGUUUUGUUUUGUUUUGUUUUGUUUUGUUUUGUACAUCAUUAAUACUUAAUGGCGUUUGUGUCUUCAGCCAAGAGGUUAUUGCUAGAAGUGAAUUUAAAUGGCCAACUCUGAAAAGUGAGGGUGCUUUAAAAAGACUUCAUACUGUAAGUAAAAUUAAAAAAUAAGUCUGAGGUACAUCUGUGUAGUAGACAAACUUUGCCAUGAAUGUAUAGACUUAUCUCCAGGUCCCUCUCUGAGAAUGCCUUGUAAACUGUGUCAUGUGUCUUAUCUGACCCAAACUCCCUUAUCAGGCCUUUAGGGUCAGAUCUCUCUCUGCUCAAAGGUACACACCUUGAAAUGAUACAAUGCAAGGCAAUAUUUACUGAAGAGCUACAACACCUUUAUUAACUUUGUUUACACCCAUUCUUAUUUUGUUUUAAUUUGUCACCUAUUAGGAUACUAAAGCACUGUUCCAGGAAAUGAAUUUGUUUCUAUAUGAUUGUCUAAACCUUAAUGCCUCAGUUGCUAUUUGUUUAUGAACGACUACACAAGAUGGGUUAUGGUUGUAUUUUUGUUAACUGCUUUGGAAUAAACAGAAUGAAAUAAGAUUUUCAAGGAUAAAUGAAGACAUGCCGUGAUUUGUAUCUGUGAAUUAUGAAUGACUUUUUAAAAUUAUGAAGACUUUUGAAGGCCAAAUUCAGUGAUUAUGUAUUAAUGCAUUAUUUAUAGAGCAAAAUAAACUGGCAAUGAAAAAUA